AUGGACAGCUCGUCAUAUAAUUACGGCUUCAGGGCCCCUCAACAUACCAACUCGCCGCUAAGCCCAGAGACUCCAACGAGUGCCUACAAAACCAAUGUGAAGAGAACAAAAACCAAGAAAUGGGUCGAAGCAAAAACUCAGAACUACGACGGCGAUGACUGGGGAAACGACUUUGACGACAACGACGACGAGCCUGACGAGCCUGUUCCGGUGCCGCCUCUGCGGCCGAUAGGAUCACGAUCAGCCAGCCAAUCGACAACGGCGACUCUUCCGUCUAACCAGUCAUCCGCGCCUCAACCUCUCGAACCCACGCCCGUACCUUCGAUGCGAUCGCCGCAGCUGCCCACCACUGAGUCCGGGCUGUCAUCCAGCCCGCGGCCUACCGUUGGACUCCCGCCCCUGCGGAUCCAAAACUCAGCGAGGCCCAUGCCUCCAGUAGUGCAACAACCUGUAUCCGCCGAUGUCAAGUCGCCUGCUGUCGCGUUGGGGCCGUCAUCCACGGACGCUGCUUCCGAAAAGGGUCCGUACGAACAACUCGUGUCGCCUCGAUCUACCAGCGGCGCUCUGCCUCUUGGGGUACCGCCACCGCCGGCACCGUUCGCUAGCCGCCCAGAUCAUUCCCAGGGCACUCCGUCUCCUCCAGUGGGUAGCCGACGGACUUCGCCGGCCCCGACGCAACCUCAAGCUUCCCCCUUUCCCCCUCGUAAGAGCAGCAUGGGUCAGCAAGACGGUGAUCGUCGGAGGUCGGGUUCUCGGUCCAGUUCGAUGCAACGUCCAUGGGCCGAGCAACGAUCUGCGUCUCCUCCCAGCGUCAUAUCAUCGGGUACGCCGUCAAACCAGAAGUCGCCGCCCUUCAUUCGACCGUCGGACAUUUAUCGUCGGAUGGAUGAUGACAAAGAACCGGAGAGAAGCUCCCCGGAACCGGGAAGGCCCGCCGCAGAGGGUGCCAACACUGCUAGAAGUGCCCGCUCAGUUUCUCCCGCAAACCCAGCCGUCCCAGUCGUUGGGCCUGGUGAUCAGCAGGGGAGACGCGGCAGCUUUGACAACGAGGGUGAAGACCAAGGCUCGGCUGUUGCCGAUAGCAUGCGGCAACCGAUUCUGGCACCCGUUGCGGAGAGAAGGAGCGAGUAUGGUUUCGAUGGCCUUAUGGCGCAAUCCCACCUCCAAAACCAAGGUCUAGAUCGUCAGAGUCCUUUGGCAAGCGCCCACGAGAGCAGUUUGGCCGUUCCCGAGCCGCAGCUGCAGCGCCCGACUGCGGAAGAGUCUGACCAGAACCGGCGUUAUUCUACCAGUCCUCGACUCCCAGACCUCGCCCGCAUGUCUCUUUUUGGAGAUGACUUCUUCACCAACCCAUCAAAGCUCGCCAACGAAGCGCCCCCGAUGCCGCCAAUGCCAGGUACGAAGUUGGAACAACAGCCCGAGGUUGUCUCCACAGCAGAUAACUCGCCGUCUGUGUCUAAAGCAGCAGCGCCCGUGACGUCUCCGCUCUCAACUAUCAACUCGUUCCCGCGAACGGCCAAUUCCUCGACGCCGCCUGCGGCGGCGUCGAUCGACAGGCAAAAAUCCCCCUCACCGUCACAGAUGCUACCGGCCAGCAACCUUGCGGAAUCGAGCAAAUCUCGCCUGCCGUCGCAGUCAUCGCGACCAUCUAUCCCCGGAGGCUGGGUCACCGAAACGCCCUCCAUCUCCGACCAAAGGACUCCUUCCGCCGCAUUGGAGCAUCAGGAUCCCAUACUCGUCUUGGAUCCCGGUGAGGUGUCCCCCAUCACCGACAACGAGGACGAUAAGUUCGGAGACAGCGGUGUCGUGACGGUGAAGGACAGAAUAUCCAUCCCUGUUUCGAUUCCCGAGGCUUCGGAGCGGGCCGCUCAGGUGCAGGGCCGUAAUGACCAGGAUACCGACUUUAAGAUUUCGGCUCCGCCUAACCCUCGUGAAUCAGGUAGCUCGUCGUCUGACUUUGACGCGCCCGAGAGACUGCAGCGCGAGUCAACUAUGAGCACCAUAGCUGACCCGUCCCCUGUCAAGGAGAGCGACAAGCUAAGAGAGGAGAUCAUGCGCAGCCUAAGCCCAGUCCGUCCCACCAGCGACCUGAACGAUUUCGGAACCAACAACAUCAACAACAAUAACAACAGUAGCAGCAGCAACCAGGGACUUAGCCCGGCUAUCGAUGACAGCGGCGCUCGUGAGAGCACCUACCUGCACGGUGUAUACGACGACUAUUGGGCUGCCGGUGACGACAGGCCCGACAAGCCUGGAAUGCCUUCGAAGCAGUCGGUGCCUGAAAGCGGGCUUGUCCCCAACAAAGAGAUCUCGGAUGUUCCUCCUCUGAGCCCUCGUAAGGACACUUCGGAUAAGCCUCCGUCGCUUGGUCGGCGGUUUUCCUGGGAGGCGGGAUCUGAGCAGGUCACGCCAAAGCCAUCCGACUCUCAGAAAGACCCUCUCUCUGAGCCUGACCCCCAAAGCGCCCCUACGAACCAAGGAGACUCGCCAUCUGAGCGUGUUCAUGACGAGUCGCAAGCGACGCAGCCAGAAUUGGCCAGACAAGACGAACGGACACAACAGUCCACAGUGUUAGAUGAUGAGCAUACCGGUGUGCCACACGACUUAGGUGUCAUGUCUCAUCAAGUGUCGCAGGUUAGUUCGGCGCCGAGAGAUCGCAUGGACUCCGAAGCGAUCGAACCGCCGUCACCCGUGUCAAUCACGGCUGCUGAUAAAAACACUAUGUCGGCUGCACCAGCCCGCCGAUUGUCUCUCGCGGAAGAAAAGUCAAUGGCUCGGGUCUCGUCCAAUCCCGUUUCCCCCAGCCCUCCGCCCGGUGAUCACCCGGCCCUGGCUCAGGCCCAGCCUUUGGAGGACAUGUCUCCGCCCGGAUCUCCUGCGGUUUCGCAACAGCCGCCAGCGCAACCCGUCAAGGUCACGACAUUUAGAGAGAUCAUGGAUCUGGCAAGCCCAUCAGAAAGGAUCAUCAAGUACAAUGAAACACGAACGCAAUUUGCGUCAAUGGACUCCGGGCUCAACAACUGGCUGGUGACUUUGAAAUCCCAGCACCCGGAACAUGCCAACGCAACUGCGUCGUUCGGAGUCGGCGGGCCUAGCCUGGGUCAGUCCCAGGCUUCGCCGACGACCUCUCAGCCGGCUUCGCAGCAGCCUUACUACCAGCAGUAUCUCAACGCCAGCAACCCUAAUUUGAGCGCGGGAGCACCAGGUCGCCCCCCCGCAGGCAGCGCCGCCCCCUCGGGUUCGUCCCAGUCGCCUUCAAGCGAUUUUAAGCAUUCGAGCGGACAAGUUGGGGCAAAGGGCAAGGGGUUGUUGCUUGCGGCGGGCAAGGCGGGUAAAGGUCUAUUGAGCAAGGGGAAGAGCAAACUCCGUGGCACUGGGGACAAGAACGACUCAUCUCCUCCCCCGGCUCAACCCAAGACCCGAGUCGAGCGGCGUACGUCAUGGGGCAUGAGUCUCGGGUCACGCCCAUCUCCCCGUGCCGACAGCUUUGGCCAUGCCCAUUCACGUUCACACUCGGGACCUGUGUCAGGCCCAGCUCCACAGACCAUCCCGGGACAUCCGGCAUAUCCGACCCCACCAACUCAACCACCCCAGACCUCACGUACAACCCCUUGUGAUGAUACCUUGACUCAGGGCAAUGGCAAUCAAACUUCGGCUCGGGCUCCACCUCGGUCUAGAACCCCCAAUCAGUUGGCCGGUCCUCACGGGGAUGGUGAUUCGGAGCCGGUGUCCCCCGUCUCAGACACGCACUCCAUAUCGGCUUCCAGGAGUUACGCCAAAGACAAUGACGGAGAAUUUCAUGUUGGCGGUGAUCUCCAGAUCCCAAGGCCGAUCGGCAAGACCCAACCGUCGUGGGACCCCUUCACGGGUACACCCCUGUUUGAGGAGGACGGUUUCGAGAUGGGACUGUCCAGAGAUCCGAGCCCACACGCACCGCCAACCGUGUACCAAGCCACCUAUGCUCCUCAAGCUGCCAAAGCACGAGCAGCUACUUCGGUACCGAGAAACAACGCGCUCGAUGAUCAACAUGACGACUGGGUCGUCGUGUCACCACAGUCGCCCCCCUCUGGCCAGGUCCAAGUCGUGUCCCCUCAGUCACCGCCACAGCCGUUGCGUUCUUUUCAACCCACCGAUUCGAGCAGGGAGAUACUCGAGAAUGAGGAUGGUGAGACGCCUGCCAUCAGCCACCCUAUUCAGUUGCACCCGCAACAGUCUCAGCAGCCUCAGCAGCAAACAAUCCAGCACCUGCCAUCGCAGCAACAAGCUGCCUCCCCACAGCGCAAUUCGUCCUUUGUCGGCCUUCCGCCCAUCAGACGAAGUUCCACUUUUGGAAUCAACCUGACCAAAAGAGCAAAGAAGCGCUUCUCUUUGGAUGAAGAUGAAGAUGAUCAUUUCGUACCGUCCCCCGUCGGUACGACAACUGACCAGUAUGGCGGCCGCGGUGGCACGUCAUCAUCGCGCCUCCAACAGGAGGAUCCGGGUUGGCCUACACAGCCCACUCGGAUUGAUACUGCACCAUCAAGUUCCCGCAAAGAUAUCGGCAUGUCACAAAACGUCUUCUCGGCCACAUCGACGCAGGCGGCGACUCUCGCCACAGAUAGCACUGGGGUGACUGGUGCCGACUGGAGAAUCGACGACGAGAAACGGCCGCUCGCGCCAGGCGCGGCUUUCAAGGGAGCUGGCCACGUCCCGGGGCCCAUAGACACGGGAGCUGCCAUGCAGAGCGAUGGACGAAUGAACGGCCCGCCGUAUGGCCCUGGUAUGCGCCCACAACAGGGGAUGAUGUCCCCGACCUUCGGAGGCGGGGGCAAUCCCAUCCAUCACCUUCCGCCGCAAGGCCCCUGGAAGCUCGAGGAGUCUCACUUGUCGGAGCCACUGGCUGCCAGUCGGAACCGCCAGUCAGGGGGGUCUUUGUCACCUCAACAACAAAGUUUUUUUGGGUACGAAAAGGAGAUGGGGGUGCCUCCGCCGGCGGCGCCCCGACCGGAGACGCAGUUGCCCCCGAGGCAGAAAUUCUCUGAAGUGCCUCCGUCCUCGGCACAGCGCUAUCCCGGCUUGUUCUCUCCUCCUCAGAGGGAGCAGAACCCCGGGUCUCCAACGGGACCUCGAACCUCCCGUGACCUAGGCCAGCAGUAUUACGGCCGAGAUUCCACCUCGCUCUACAGGACUCAGACGGGCGACUCCGAUGUCAGUACCUUCGACCCCUCGGUAGACGAGGAACGUGGCCGAAGCAGGCGUAGUUCCGGAUUCUUCAAGGAGAUUGGCGGCCGGUUCUCUCGCGAGUCCUCCCGCAGACGGCCGGCCUCCAAGGCUGCAGAAGCAGCUCCCGGCGACCCUGUCGGUCCUGUCAGUCCAGACGUGCGGGGCGGCGAAGUAUCGGAAGCAAGCGUCGCAACCAGAGAGUUUCAAGACCGACAGAGGCGAAGAUCAAGUUUCUUCCUCAACUUGCGAGGAUCUAGACCCUCUGAUGCCGGUGUGCCUCAGAGCGGCGACCGUGAAGGCAUCACGCAGUCGCCUAAACCCAGCCCCAACCCUGGUGUCUCCCCUCCGGUUCAACAACCGGCGAGCUUUGCCGAUAGGAAGCGGUUGUUUCUUGGUCCGCCAGGCAACGAGUUGUCCCCUGCCCUGCCAAAUUCCAGCUUGUCUCGCUCGUCGACAUCGACUGUCGGAAAUGACGCGGCAGGCGGAGUUGUGGGACCCCCCAAGAAGCGUUUCUCUGGCUUCACAAGUAAAGUGUUCAGCCGCACUUCCAGCCAGCAAGACUUGCAGAUCCCACAAAAGCCCGGUACCUCCCAUUCGGCUACUUCGUCCAUGCUCGGCCGACCUCCCGGCACACCGGUGAACCAGCCUGGCGUACCUAGUCCCCUCGCACCACAAGGAAGAGAACGAAGCAACACCACAGGCUCUGGGCCAUACAACGUACAGCAAGCGCAGGGUAAUAAACAGCUGCAACAUGUUGAAGAAGAGGAUCGUGGCAGGAGGAGCUCAGCAGGCGGCUUUCUCUCGGGGCUUUUCAGCAAACGCGCCGCACCCAAACACCAGGAGAAUCAGCAGUCAGUACUCCGUGCACAGAACGAGAAUGUGCAAAUCCCAUCGCAAUUCAGAGUGCAGCAUCCUAGCCAUCAAGCACCACCCUCUAGUCUCGGAUCAGCCCAUCGAGGUGGAGGUCAACAGCCGUCGAGAAGCCUGCUCCAGCAGUUCGGGCAGCAGCAGCAUCAAGAGCAUCAGCAUCAUCAACAAACACAUUUCCCUUCUCAAGACUCCGAUGAUCAUCUGGCAGCCGGCACGGGAUUCCAUACCCAGCCUCCAGUGACUUCUCUCCGCCAGAAGAAGUCGAAUGGGUCUUUCUUACCUCCGCCGCAGCCCUCGCAGCAAUGCCAUGCACUAGCAGAACAAGGGGCGCAGCCGUGGUUGGGCGUGGAGAACGACGAUCGUGCAGCGUCAUUCCAAUCUCGUACCGAAACACAAGACCCAAGUGUUUUGCGGCAGAAGUCUGGCCAGCUCUUGGACCGGGCGUCUCAGCCAGUGCCAGCCCCGAGUGCUCCUGUAACCCAGGCGCAGAGAGAACAAGACUCGCCAGAACCUCGCCAUGGCAACGAGCAACGACAAAUUCUUUCUUCGGCGCAGCUACCCCAGGGACAACUUUUGCAGUCGAACGAUCAGAACCAGGACCACUGGGUUCCUCAGGGUUUCUCGGCGGAACCAACACCUGAGCCGUCGAUCAGGCACGGAAUGGAACGUGAACAGGCUCCUGGUUCUCACGCGCCGCCUCUUGCACAGUCACAUAGCGGCAACGCCCACGCUCUCGGCAUCCACGGGCCUGGCCAUGCCGAGCGAAUCUUGGACCAGUCUGCACCCCUGCUUUCUCCUUCCGGCGCCAGGGCGAAGUCCCCAAACGGCGGUCCGGCCAGCCAAUCUGGAAUCUCCCAGCACUCGUCGACAUCGACCUCUCCACAGCCGACGGUUGCUUCUCAAAUGCAGCCACCUGUUAAUGCCCCAGUCUUGGACUCGCAGACGCCUCUGCCAGGCUCGUCCCUGGUGUCGCCGCCAAUCGGUACGUCCGGUAAUGUACAUCGAUUUGGCCCGACGGGCCAGCCGUUACCCAAUCCCGUGCCGCUGGGGCAGCAGCAAUUCCCAGUCGCAGGAGACAGACUCCCAUACCAGGCCUCCCAGAUAUCGUCAUCACCUAACCAGCGCUCCUCCAUGCCCUUGUCGGGACAGCCCCAGCCGCAACCACCUCAGGUCCCCCACAGCCAAGGCCAAGAAAGCUCGGUCUCGAAGUGGUUCAAGAACAGAACAUCUACGCAGCCAGCACCCUCGCAACCCCAUCAUGGCCAUGCGAAAGAGUCGGCGGCCAAGUCCAUCUUCAGUGCAUUCAAGCGAUCAUCCAAACAACCCGAGCCCCGACAACCGCAGCCGCAACAGCAACAAAUGCCGCAUCCAGGUCAGGCACAACGCUCCGCGGCACUCCAGGGGCAGCAGAGGACGCCACCCCCCGGGCCGCUCACUCAACGAGACUUUCACCCGUCACAUGGGCAUCAUCCCAUGUACCAACAGCAGCGUCAAUCUCCCUCACCAAUGGGGCCGCUUGAUCAGCGACCUAUCCCUCAGCACGAUGUAUCCCGUGGGAGCUCUGGUGGUGUGCAGAACCAUGGACACAUGCCACAGCACGGAGGGAGAGCGGUCGAUUCUAUGAUAACUCGAGCAAUCCCCACCCGCGAGCAUGAGCCAACCCAAGUUAUGCCCCAGGUCCAGGGCUUCGUCGAGCCUCGAUACGACCAAGUCCCCAUCCCUCAAGGCUACGCUGCCGUUCACGGCGAAGGGGGCGUGGCGCCAUCCCCAUACGCAAUCUCGCGCGCAUCGCCACCGGGUCAGUUCCCUCCUUACCAGGUGCCACCGGUACAGCAUUGGAGCCCGCCUUCGGCUGCGCAAAGGCACCCUUCCGAGGUGUCACUGUACAGCCAGCCCAGCUCCACCGUGUCGCAUGGGCAACAUUCACUCCAAGGCUAUAGGCAUCCCAAUGCGAUGUCUGAGGGAGGUCGCCGCAUAAGCAUGGCCUCGCACCAGUCCAACAUGUCGCACACAAGCCAUAACACGCAGCCAGGCAUCAGCGGCCCCAAUGGAAGUCCGCCGGUGUUCGGCCAACAGCACCAACAACAAGACCCCACGGGGUUACGCAUCGUGAACGAUGACGGCGGCAGCCAGGGUGCAGCACCCACUCUGCAAGUUGGUCAACAAGACCCUCCCUCGUCGCAGCAGGCUCAUCAGCAACGAUCGUCUUCUAUCAAGGCCGCCGCGCCGUAUGUGGCUUCUCCGCAAGUCCAUCAAACUCGCAACGAUGACGCUGAGGGGCAGAUAAGCAGCAACAAUGGCGGCCAGCCUAUAUCACAAACUGCGGUAUCUCUUCAGUCGGAGGCACAAACUCAAACACGCGGGCUUGCGGCCGGCAGUGGUAGUGUCACAGGGGGCAACUCGCGCAGCGCCUCGCCGGGCACACAAGUCGCGGGGGGGAGCAACAUCUCGCCCGAGCCGCAGGCUCCAGCAACAUCUCGCUUGAGCGUCAAUUUACAAAUGGCAAACCAGGAGACUCCAGACGACAUCUACGAUUCCACUCCACGACUGUCAACCGGGCUGCCUCCCCCACCGGCAAAGCCUGUCGUCUCUACAGCAACUGGACAGAGUAUGGUCAGCGACAGCUCUGCCGACGAAGCUCCACGAAACGCCACACACGUAAACGGCAACGCCAACGGAGCGGCAUCAACGACUCUGGCCAGCGGCAAGAGCACACGAGCCGAGCUGGAGGACACUGAGGACGAACGAAAAAGGUCCAUUCGUCACGAGGCCCAGGAGGAGAAGAUCCUAGUCGACCCUUACGAGGAACUGCAGUCUGGAGGUAUCAAGUACAGGAAGGAGGAGGACCCGGAGGUGCCCCAGAUGAGCGCGACGAGCUAUCCCGGACAGGAAUGGAACCCAUACGGUGCGGGUGGCUAUGAGGACUGGGACUAA